AUGUAUAAGUCGCAGAAAAAUUUCUGGCUGCAAAGAAAACAGCCCACAGACGAAACAGGGACUCUGCUAUACACCAAGCGAUUAGAGCCCGACGUCUUCCCUCGUAAUGCUGCAGCGGCUGAAGUAUUGACAGUAAGAAUCAAAGGGACACAUGGCGAGAGACGACCCGAACGUGGCGAGAGACAACCCAAACGUGGCGAGAGGCAACCCGAACGUGGCGAGAGACAACCCGAACGUGGCGAGAGACGACCCGAACGUAGCGAGAGACGACCCGAACGUAGCCAGAGACGACCCGAACGUCUACGAUUACUAUCGUUAUCUGCUUCUCCAGUCCCCGUGGUGGCGAUAGAAUCCUCUGCCACGGCUAGUGGAGGAGCAUUAUCUGUAUUCUCACUUAAUUCUACGUCUAUAGAUAAAUGGCAGAUAUUGAUUUCUUCAAGUGUUGGCGGAGUGAGUGAGGGUCCAUAUUCAGUAGGUGGUGUUUUGGGGCGUGUUUGGGAAGUCGACAUGUUGAACAAGAGAAAAAACCCGUAA